UGCAGCUGCACCCCGUCAGUAGCGGCCAGGGCUGGCACCAGUGUAGUACCACCCCGACCACCGCCUCCCCACGUCUUCCUUAACAAGCGUUAAACAACCCUCUUGUGAGAAGUUAUCACCCCACACGCAAGACGACACUUGUAUAUGUAUAGUUUGCGGUAGUGAACUGUUCUUGGAAGAUCAUGAAGGGACAGGUGCUGUGGCUGAUACUGUGUACAGUGGCAGGUACUCUCGGGUGUGGAAGGCAAAGUACCACCAACAGUGUCCCGACCACCGUCGAGCCAUUAAUUGAGGCGGCUACGGCGCCCAGCACCGUCGACCGUGCAGGGAGUAGUUCAGGAAGAAGGACGGGGAGCAGCGGCGCCGCGACAAGCUCCCUCUCCACCAAUGAAGUGCGGCAGCUGACUGAGGAGUUACUUACCCUAGACACGGGGCUCAGCCAACCGUCUGUCAGUCGUCAGGGCAAGACCUCGGGUAGUUCUACUGGAGACUCGGCUACCAACCCACUGAUAGUAAAUGUUCCGAGAGCAACAUUGAGCAAGCCUACGGUGGAACUAAUGCAGCGCCUCCUGGACAACUAUGAGCCCCGAACUACGAGCACCGAGGUGCACACCAACGCAGAAAUAACAGAGGAAAACAAUUUUGUCGACGCUCUGAUGCAAACGCCUCUCAUGCAGAGACUCGAGACAUUCCUCAAACAAAAGAAUCUGAUCAGAAGUUCACUGCAGUCAACCCUGAAGGAUAUCUGGUUCACACUAUACCGGCGGGGAGGGCGGAACAUCGCGUCCUCUGGGUUCGAGCACGUGUUCGUUGGGGAGCUGAAGGACGGGAAGGUUGCAGGUUUUCACAACUGGCUGAACUUCAGGAAGGAGGAGCAGGAGGGUGACUUGGAUUAUAAGGGUUAUAUGAAAUUUGUGGAUCUUCAUGGAAAAGGACAGAUCGUCAAGUUACGCUUUGAAUGGUUAAAUGAAGCCAAGCCUGUAGGAACGGUAUUCAUCGGCACCACACCUGAACUGGAAAUUGCUCUGUACACCUUGUGUUUCCUGGCCAAGCCUGACUCCAAGUGCCCCGUCCAGCUGGCAGGCAACAAGUUUAAUAUCCAGACCUGGACCUUCACCUCCGGGGGGAAAACUGUUAUAGGAAGCGCCUAUCCAGAUAUUUAGGUCCCGGCAUGUGUCGGGUGGGGCUGAUAAUGCUUACAUAUACAACCCACUUAUAAUCUGCAUGUGGGGCUUUUAAAUUACAAACCUGUUCAUUGUAAUUGUAAAAUACUUCCUUAUUACUUAAUUUUGUAAUCAGAUUACUCCUAAUGAUUAUGUCUGGUGCGUCCUAAAGUCUGGUGCGUUCUAAAGUGUUUUAGACACUGAUCAGUUCUCUCUCCCGCAGCCUGUGGACAUUCCUCCAACAACUCCAUAUCUUAGUGGUAACGUUAUAUAUUGUAGUAUCCCCGGCUUCCUGUCUUAAGAAAUCUGUUUCUAUUGCUUGCCAAUGUUCUAUGCAUCUCUAGUCCCGUCUUCUCGACCGUUCACAACGUCACUAAACUGAUGUACUAAAAUGCCCGAACCAAACCUUCCUUGGGUUUGGUUCAGGCAAACCUACCCGAGGACCCACGAUUAGAAAAUGAUUAAUUUUGAGAGUCGGUAUAAUUUUUAGUAUAUAAUUGUUUGGCCUUAGCAGGAGUUAUACGUCAAAGUGCGAUGUACGAUGUAGAAUGAGGAGUUGUUUACUGUCAUUUUAGUUUUUCAUAUUCACGUCCACUUUCAGAUAUAAAUAACGGCUACAACAUCCUCUGAAAAAUAAAGAAUUACAACUCAAAA